ACUUUUAGUUGAUAAAUACUUCAUAUCUUAAUGUACGAAUCAACGAUUGUUUGGGUAUGGUAAUAAACUAUAAAUGCUUUAUGUCGGGGACCCAAUAGUGCAGUAUUAACGUUUACGAACAGUGGAUAUAUAGAUAUUCAGCUAUAUAUGCUUAAAGGUGUUUGCGGGAUUUUAUCUUAAGAUCUUAAGCGUCAAACAAGAGAUUGGACGCAUUCGGCUCAUACAUUUAAGGCGGAUAUGUUGACAUACUAUAGUACUUUAAAAGUAUUAUCGUUUGUUGACCUACAAUUUCUUUAACUGGAUGCGGCCUAUUAAGUGUGAACGGAAGAUCAAGUAGAUUGUUAAAUGUGUGAGUAGACCAGAAGAAAUAGCCAGCGAUAACAUGGAUAAGACUCGGGACUAACAACUGACCCGUAGGGGUGGGUCGUAGAUGAUAAACGGAGUGUUUUCAAAGCAGUGUUUUAAUUACGAUGAAUAUGAUCAAUCAAAUUUGUAGAAGUGUUACCAACAGACAUAUCAGCUUCUGGCUUAAAAUUUACAAACACUAGAAUAUCUGAUUGUCAUCGACAUAAAACAGUUCGAACCAGUGAAUAUAAGCUUUUCUUCCUGUGGAUAAUAAAUAAAUGGUGCUUCAGUAAGAGAGUGUAAAAGUCACAUCGGCCUUGUAGUCAUUUACAAACGGAGAGCGCCGAACGGAAGGAGGGUCGCUAUUGUCCUUGGGGUCUCACGUGACUAGAAGAGAUGCCACAGCUCGUGCUCUUCAAGAGAAGCUGGGGGAUCGGAAGUGAUGAUUUUGUGUUUCCAGGCGCCAUUGACGGCACUAUAAGGAUACUUUGGACAGUGAUGGUGGUGGCGUUUUAUGCGAUGUACGGUCAGGACCUAGAUGCCACGUGUCCGGACAGUCUCGUAUUGCACGUGUACUUUGUGGGCCUCGUCUUCUUCCUUGUCGUUACUGCGGUUUUAGAGUAUUUCAUACUCGCCGUCAGUAUGCGGGGAACCAUCGCGGACAGCAGUGCUCGAACGCCACUUCCGAUCCUCCUUUAUAUAAGACUUUCAAUCGCCUUACCGGAAGUAAUAUGGAAUGCCUAUGGUACGUGGACCGCUUUUGACGCUGCGGAGCACUGUCAUAGAAAUGUUGUGAGACUCGCCAAGGGCACUGUGAUAGCUGGAUGGGUUGUAUUUGUCAUUGCAAUGAUUGUGUGUUUAGUUGUGUGUAACCUUUAUACCGGAAAGAACAAGAAACGUGCGCACACGCAAGUCCGGAGCUUCAAGCGGGCGUCCCGGCGGUCCGUGAGAACAACUAAACAGUGGGAGAAACGAUGCAAGUGCAUGUUCAUGUGUGCCCGGGGGGACGGGGAAGACACAAGCGUUUUUGCUACACUUGCUGAGCUCUCCGCGGACUACUUUAAGGGUGUCGAUCUCGUGCCGUCUGACGUCAUCGCCGGCUUGAUCCUGUUAAGCCGUAAGCAGGAACGUAAACGUCAGCAGUGGCGUGUGUACGUUAACGAGACGGAGAACAAACGGUAUACGUCAGUGCCUAUGGAGGACACAGUUGACUCCCCUGGGAUCCUCCUAGAGGAGACGCGAGCUCCGCCGCCGUGGAUGACCCUUGACCUCAUGAGCCACUACCUCCGGUUUGCCAUCGGAAGUUAUGGGUGGCCAUUCUAUCUCACCCUUACCAACCGCCUAUGUGGCCUCUGUGGGCUCUGCUCAGCAUGCAGAUGCUGUGCAUGUAUACGGCCUGACGAACGGGUGAACAUGGACAAUUGCUGUUUGUGCAAUACGGCGGCGUUCCUGAAAACGUCAGGAGUCCAUACGGAAGACAUUGUGUAUGCAAGUCUUAAAAACGGGAUCUACGAGAUUCCAUUUUACGUGGUAAUCGACAGGGAGUCGAAUGCGGUUGUGAUUGCCAUAAGGGGAACUCUUUCUCUACAGGACGUGGUGACGGACCUGGUGAUUGAGCGGGAUGACCUGAACAUCCCGAGCGUGACCGGAAGUGGUCACAAAGGCAUCCUGCAGAGCGCCCUCUACAUCCAGAAGACGCUCCAAGACGGCGGUAUCAUACAGGAGGCUUUCAACCGGGCAAAGUGCGAGGACCUCGUAAUCACGGGCCACAGUCUGGGUGCAGGGGUCGCUGCCAUGCUAACAAUUCUCCUCAAGACAAACUACCCUAAAGUCCGCUGUUACGCUUUCUCCCCGCCGGGCGAACUCGUGAGCCCGGAAGUAUGUGAGUGGGCGGAGGACGUUGUGUGUUCGGUUGUGCUAGGGGACGACAUCAUCUGCCGCCAGGGGAUGCUCAUGAUGGACGAUCUCAAGAUCCAGAUCAUCACCGCCAUCAACGAGACACGAAUGCCAAAGUACCAGAUAUUGUCGUCUGGUUGCUGGCGGAUGUGCUGUGGACGCAGUGGAAUGAUGGAAGAUGACGUCACACAUAGCAAUGGUGACGUCACGGAUGGUUCAAAUGGCGUCGUGCAGGAUAUCAGGUGUAGUUUAAAGAUGUCCCUUGAAGAGUGCGAGGCCCACAGUAAGACUAUCCAGAACAGCUAUGAGCCGCUCCAUCUGCCGGGACGUAUCCUGCAUAUAGAAGAGAGCGUAUUGAGUGGCGACGACGAGUUUUCUGCAAUGUGGAAGUCCCGGGAAGAGUUCACGGAGAUAAUUGUCAGUCCAGACAUGCUUGCCAACCACUUUCCUGACGCACUCCUCGACGCCAUCGACCAGCUCCGUGAACGGAACUGCGUUCCCACGGCAGCCCCGGAACCGCUUUUUGUCGACACGCGCAUGGAAGUGGAGUGCUAGCAAAAACUCCUCCCCCUUCUCCUCAUCCUCCUCCUCAUCGUCAUCGUCAUCAUCAUCACCAUCAUCAUCAUCUACAGACUAGUGUUUUAUUGGUGCAUUUUUAAGACUGAUUUUAUAGGUUAUGACACAUUAGCAACACACUCUUUGUGAACAGUGUUGCUUAUUGGAAAUGUCAUACGGGAUGUUGCAAUAAAAACACGGAAACCACAAACUUUUAAUGACAGUUAUUUAGUAUUUCACCUCGCACCGAGUCAGUUGAACUUGAUGGUUAACGGGACCUAACUGGAGCUUUAUUCUCAGAUAUCUUGUGUUCGUAGACUAGAGGACUUAUUGAUACGGAUCAAAUGACAUGUAUACAUUCCUGUAUUCUCAUUCAACUGUUUAAUUAAAAGUGUUAAUGCCAAACGUAGUCAUAUGUUACGUGAUUUGAAACUUAUUUUUUCUUUUAAACUGACUUUAGCUCGUGUGUUUUAAAGAAACAAUAGAGGUACAGUUCUAGCUUUAGGCUGGUAUUAGUAUUGAAUAUCAGUAUUGAAUGGAUCUAAGAUUGAUGUAGCUAAUCGGAUUACUUGUUAUUAAUAGCUGACCAGUAGAGUGAAUGACGCCAGUGACGUAUGCCCAUAAGAUUUACCUAGGUUGAAUAUUGUAUACCACACGAUAAAGGUGUCAUUGUUGUCAUAUCUUUUUUCUUUAACCAUUGCUUAAAAUCCGGUCAAGAUAUUAUACACAUGAAACGCAUUAGACAUAUCAGAGGCGGACCGUGCAUGUACAGCAAAGCUUGUAGUCCUGAGGACUGUUUCAUUAAAUAUCGUAGUGCAUUUAAGUCAUAUAUUGAAAUUAUCUGUGUCAUUUUUGAAUUAUUUUGCUACACAUAUUUAUGUUAUUUGAACUUAAGCCGGUAUCUAAAAUGACCACACAUUUGAGAAAAUUAAACAAAUCAAUGUGUUGUCAUUUGGAACGUUUAAACAGAUUUAAGCUUAUUGAAGUUACACCAAAAAAUAAUUUAUUUUAAACGGGUAUCUGGCUUUAUAAAAUUAUGAGUGAAACAGACACCCAAUAACAUACAGGCGUACAUAUCCGCUUGUGAUGCUCUUGGUAUUAUAAAACAGACUUGGCUUUACCAUUUUAUUUUGCCUGUUUUAUAUAUUUUAUUAAGGAAUAAAUUAUUUGUAAAGUUA